UGCAGCUGUCUUGGCCUUGUUACACAGCUUCAGCCUCGUAACCAUGUCAGCUUUCAGGAAUGAAAUUCUGGCCUUGGUGCCUUGGACCUGCGUGACAACGCACACUAAACACCAUGGAGACUUCCAAGCAAAGACUCAGACGUGCUAUGCGACUUCCUGGCCCAUCCAUUGGCUUGAAACGAUCCCAGACAGAUACUACUAAUGGCCAAACGCAGCUGCGCCCUGCCUCUCAGGCUGAAGGUGGGGUAGAGACGGCAGCAGCAGAUCUGCUUCAUCGCCGGCCCAUGCCUCCUUCGCUACAAUCCAGAGGUGGACAACAACCUACCAUGCCGUCAGACAUUAGCAGCUUCCCCGAUAGAUGGGCCGAGAUAAGGCGAAAGGCCGAGUUGAGGCAAACGGGUCAAGGAGCCGAGCAAAGUGACGAAGAAACCCAAGAUAAGGCGGCCAUCGAAAGUCGCGUGGCACGCAUAAAGGCUCGAGUAGCAGAGUUGACGGGCAAGGAUGAGAGCGGCUUCCCUGUUUCUACCGAGCAAAACCAAGAGAGACCAUUAACACUGCACACCCGUCGACAUACGGCCGGGAACAUCACCAGCUCCCCUAAUGUACAGCCUUCGCCACAUCGCAAUGAUAAUUACAUGGAACCUGUGGAUAUUGAUGAUGCCUCAUCUGGGUCACACCUCACCAAAACAAUUGAAGCUUCAGCAAGAACUUUGUCAACAAACGGAAGCGACUUGACUCGCAUUGAACAAGAUCCAUUUUGCAGACCAUGGUACUCUGGGUCGAUAAUAAAUCGUAUACUAUUGGAGAUGGGUGUUGAAAGCGCCCCGGCUGCCCUCAAAAGCCUUGGGGUUACCGAUCUGUGGCUACCACUAUCGAAACAACUGCUUCGGCGAUCCCUGACAGACCCUCACCAUAUUUCGGAGUUCCUGCGGUUACAAGAUGAACAUCUCAGAGUGUUCUUUAAGCGUUGGACGCAGGGAGCUACGGGAGAUCACAUAACCGAUAUGAUGUUCAACCAUUGCGAGUUCGAAGACGACGAAGAGAUCUUUGAGGAAAACCGGCUACUCGGUGAAGGGAUGGUUGGUCUUGUUGAAGAGGUAACCGUACGACUCCGAGAACCACCCAUUAUAUGCGUACGAAAGAAGAUCGCGAGACCUAAACAGCUCAAAGCGCAUCAACAAAUCAUGGCUGCCUUCAUCCGGGAGAUCAAAGUUAUGCGCCAAGUCAACCAUCGCCACUGCGUUCGUUUCCUUGGGAGUUAUACGGACACCGAAUCAGUCAACAUUCUAUCAACACCUGUGGCUGAUAUGGAUCUUGCUGCCUUCCUUGAUAAGCCUAUCGGGGACCGGGAGUGGGCCAUACUCUACAAAGGCAUUGACUGUCUCUGCAACGGGCUAUUAUAUCUUCACGAGAAUAAGAUUCGACAUGAGGAUUUGAAGCCCCAGAACGUUCUCGUUCAUGGCACCAACAUAUUGCUUACUGAUUUCGGUUUCAGUCUGGACUUCUCUGACGACUCUGUUUCGACGACUACUGGACGCCCAUCAGCGUGGACGAUUCGCUAUUCCGCGCCAGAAGUCUUGGACUCCGAACCACGCAACCGAGCUAGUGAUAUAUUCUCCCUGGGAUGUGUUCUGGUCGAGAUGAUAUCGGGACUCUACGGACGCAGUCUCUCUGAAGUCAAAGAUCAUUGGAAGAGAACCGGUAAUGGACAGUCUAGUUUUGCGCGCAACUCUGAGGCGACAUCUUCUUGGUUUGCUUUGCUGUCAGACAACCCUGACAGCGGCAGACUCAAACCUAUCGUCGAAUUCCUGCCAGACCUGCUGGUCACAAAGGGGCUUGAUCGACCGUCGGCUCGAACAGUUCUUGGUAGAUUGCACAAUCUGAGCCUAGUCCUACCCGACGCACCUCAUCUUGGCAACCCUUGUUGCGGACCGCCCCCAGCAUUGCUGGGAAACGAUCAAAAUAACUUGCAUAGACAAGAUAACCUACGACUCUUGCCCGACAAUCGGGACUCUUGCAUGCCGUAGGAGGCGAUGACAUACGCAAUGCUAUACUUCGACAACGCUAUAAUCAAGUCGCUGCCAGAUACGAUUGUUCUUACCUCCUCGCAUACAGACUUGCGCACCGACAGCGAGUAGGGCUGAACAUACCUUGCAUAGGACUCCAUCGAGAAAAUAUCGGGCGUUCAGCUAUUGCAGUGAUGAGCUGGCCAUA